AUGGCGAGCUCCGUGAUCCGAAGAGGUGGUGUACUUCUAGCGGGUGGCGGGGUUUACGCAACAGCGGUCUAUCUUACGUACCAUUACUUACGAAUGAACAAAGAGCAAAACCUGGUGUCUGCCGAUGGAGACAAUUACAUCUCCUACGUGAAUAAUCCCGAUCGGACCAAGAAAUUUCAAAAAGUCGCGGAAUUUUACGACGAGUUCAUCGGACGUGAUGAAAUUUUCAUGGGAAUUAAUUUACUACGACGAUCACUCCUAUUCUUCCAUGCUAAAGGUACUGUUCUAGAAGUCGGUGCCGGAACGGGGCGAAAUAUUUCGUUUUACCCAUCAUCGGUUGAUAGAGUUGUACUAACAGACUCCUCGGACCAGAUGUUGUUGCAAGCAAAGAAUAAAAUUCAGCGUUUGACUGUGGAUGAACGAAAACGAUUUGCCGUGAUAGAAGCCGACUCAGCUCGGCUUUCUCUUCCUGAAAAUGCGUUUGACACCGUUGUUGAUACAUUUGGGCUAUGCAGUUAUGACGACCCUGUUUUGGUAUUGAAGGAAAUGGCGCGCGUGUGCAAGCCUUCAGGGAAAAUCCUACUUUUGGAGCACGGACGAAGCAAAACCUGGGAUUUUGUAACGGACCAUCUUGAUAAGCAUGCUGAGCAGCACGCAGCGAAUUGGGGGUGCGUUUGGAACCGAGACUUGGACGCCGUGAUUGCGGCUUCAGGUUUGAACGUACGAGUUUUAAAUCGCUGGCAUUUUGGCACGACCUAUUAUAUAGUAUGCCAGCCUCCUUAA